UUUGCUUCACACCGUCGCACGGUUCGCAUGCCAUCGCGAGCUCUUCUCUGCGCCUCCUCCGCCGCCGCGCGUCUGCUGCCGUCCACGAGGACGAACCCGUCGUCUCCCAGCCUCCUCGCUGUUGCAGCCCUCGCGGCACUGAAGCAGCAGGGAUCGUUCUCGACGGCGGCCGGGGCGACGGCAGGCAUGGCGGCGGGUGAGGAAGCGAAGCCGGCGACAGCGGCCGGGGGCGUGUCGGAGCGCAUCUUGCCGCACCUCCUCAACAUAUACGGAUCGUGCGCCACGGCUCGGGACUUCGAGAUUUACGCGCAGCACGCCACAUUCGAGGACCCGCUCAUGCGCGCCCACGGGGUGAAGCAGAUCAAAUCAGCCUUCUACACGCUCCCCAAGGUGUUCGGUGAAUCCAAGAUCGCGGAGUACACGGUGAAGGAGAACGCCACCGGGCCGGGGAAAACCCAGAUACUGAUCGACAACAAGCAGCACUACAAGGUCUUCGGCAAGCCCGUCGACAUAGCGUCGCUCAUCACGCUCGACGUACAGGACGGCAAGGUCGUCAGACACCAAGACUGGUGGGACAAGAAACCUCUGAAGAAUAGGGAGACGGUGAGCUUCCCACUGGUGGGGCGGGUGGCGGAGGCGAGCCGCCGGGGAGCCAUGCUGCUCACCCACGUCCUCAUGGGCUGCGGCAAGGACCCCACCCCCUAGUUAGAGAUGUUGUUUCUUUGUACUCCGUGGUGUACUCCUGUCUGGCUAGCUGCUUUUGGGAUUAAUUUCAAUCUAUAAAUAAAAAUUUGGAAUUACUAA